AUGGCAAGGAAGGAAUCCCACAAACUAGUUCUUUCUCAGGGUCAUGUUCAACCUUAUGCUUGCCAAUUUCAGUUAGAUGGAUUUGGACUGAUUCCGGAAAUAUCACCUGGGGAAAUCAGUGUCGUCACGUCUGUCAUAGCUCUCCUUGCUGUUGUUCAAGCUAUAGGAAAGAACAUGGACAUUUUCGAGCAAGCUGCUUUGGCUUCAAAUAGGCAUCUUCUCGUCGCUUUCUUUGAUGGAGAAGCUUUUGAUUAUAUCGGCAGCGGUAGUGUGGCAUAUGAUAUGAAGAGUGGCACGUUUCCUCGAAAACCGAAGAACGGCUUGGAUAUGCGCCUCGAAUUAAUUUUUCCCUCGCAAUUAGACGGUAUAAUAGAGGUGCAGCAGUUGGGAAGCGGUACUGGCGAGAGGUUAUAUGCUCAUGCUCAUGGUAGACAGGUCCAAAAUGGCCAGGUCAUGGAUCCUGUUGACCGCGUUUGUGGGCUGGAGGUGACAGCUGUCGAUGGGAUACUUGUUCCUCCAACAGAAUACUCCACCGUUUCAACUCGAUGCUUGACCGAGCUCAGUGGGAUUCUACCCAGCGAUCAGCAGGCACAUUCUGAAGUGACGAUGGCAGCAAGCGCUAUGCUACGCGCCGCUGCUGAACAUGUAGGAUUAGAUUCCGAUACCAAGUCAAAGUUGGAAAUCGACAAAGAGUUCGUGAGUUGUACACUCCAUAACUAA